CCAUUCUUAACUUACCGGAAGACCUAAAGAGAUGACAAUGGCCAUGUUCCCCCUCGGACUUUGGCAAACGUCCAAAUGCUUUUCAGGACCAAAGAAGGCAUUUAGAGCGGCCCUUUGACAUGCAUGCCGUAAAGAAGACAAAAACAGUCACCAGUCGUGGAUACUCUGCCUGGCUGCAGGUGACUGUCGCCAUCGAACUGCACUGCAGACGCGUGUAAGUGAACAGUGACAGCCAACGUAGCGUCCCUGCUGCAUAGGACGCACCUUUCACCUCUCUAUGCCUGCUCUCAUCCAGUCGUCAUAUGAAGUCCUCCUUGAUUUUAUCAACGACACACAUGAUUGCGCAACGGUGCAGCUUCUGCGGGAUUACGGAAGCAACACGAGUGCAAUCGUGCUUUUGCAUCCGGGAGAAAGCAUAAGUCUCGUGCUGGACGCGGGAUCGAUAUACAAGUACGCCCUCAAAAGUCAUGCUAAAGUGGCGAAUGUCAGUGCUCGAAGUUGGAGGGAUGUUCGUUGCAACAUCUCCCAACUCUUCAUCGGCCCGUGUCCUAACCGAAUUCUUCAACGUCCACCUGCCGUUCUUCCAAACGGUGUGACAGUAGAUCGGCUUUGGAAGGAUCACCGUUUCAACGUCUGGAAUGAUUCGUAAUGCAGGAUGGCAUAGUAUCGCGCGUUUCUCUGCCUUGACAGACCCCGAGGACUCUUCAUAAUACCCAACAUAACUCCGAAUGCGAUGGACUCUCAUACCGUAAUGUGUAUCUUUGAUUUUUAUUGGAGACAAAUAAGUGGUCCGCCUCUUU